AUGGCCUCCCCUCGCCACUCCUCUUCCUCCUCGGACGACGCCGGCGAUGUCGCCCUCCCACCGGCUCCAGCGGCCGUCGUCCAGCAGAUCAACAUCCGCUCCCACAUCCCCAUCACCCUCGGCCUCAAGGAGUCCAAUUACAGCCAAUGGCGCUGCUACUUCGACUCCGUUCUCGGGAAGUUCGGCCUCGCACCCCACGUCUUCUCGCCGCCGCCCCUCGACGAGCACGACGCCGAAUGGAUCCUCAAUGACCACAGCGUGGUCAAUUGGCUCCAGACCACGGUGCACACCGAGGUGUUCAACCUCAUCUACCAGCCGCGCGCAUCUGCGUUCACCGGCGACCUGAGCAUCGACGACUACUGUGGCCAACUCAAGCACCUCGCCGACAUCCUCCGCGACCUUGGUCACCCCGUCUCCGAGCCGAGCCAAGUGCUCAAUCUUCUGCGCGGGCUGAAUCCGCGCUAUCGCCAUCUCAAGCCCAUCGUCACGUCCAAGUCGCCGCCGCACACCUUCGCUUCCGCCCGUUCCUUCCUCCUCCUAGAGGAGCUCUGCGACAAGCACGACGACAAGGUCGCGUCGGGCCAGGCGUACGCUGCCGGCCACGGGACAUCCUCCAACAACUCCACCAACACCGGGAAUGGCGGCAACUCUCGCAACCGAUCCCAGCGGGACAAGCAUCGCGGCGCCAACAACUCCGGCUCCAACUCCGGCGGCGCCCAGGGCACGCGCAAUGCCGGCGCGUCCGGUGGCCAACCCCAGAGCGGCUCUCCACAGCCCUUGCCUUGGGCCGCUGGCUACAACCCCUGGACUGGGCUGGUCCAGGCAUGGCCCAUGCCAUUUCGCACACCCGGUGCUGGCGUCCUCGGGCUGCGCCCGCCGUUCCAGCCCCAACAGGCAAUGACGGCGCAACACCAGCUCCAGCUGCCCGCCCCGACUGUGCCGCCUUCCUCAGCCUGGGAUCAGCAGGCCGUGCUCUCUGCGCUCUCAUCGGUCGGGGGUCCUCAGCAGCAGCCUCCAAGCUCCGGCGAUUGGUUCCUCGACACCGGCUCCACCACACACAUGUCCAAAAAUCCCAGUAUCCUCUCUUCCUCCUCCCCCGUUUCAUCCUCCUCUUACAUCACGACUGAUAAUGGCAGGGAGUUCGACACCAUCGCGCUGCGAACGCUGCUUGCCGACCAUGGCGUGCUGUUUAGGCUCUCCUGCCCGUACACAUCUCAGCAGAACGGGAAGGCCGAGCGGAUCCUCUGCACUCUGAACGACUGCGCUCGUACGCUCCUCGUUCACAGCGGUGCCGACUACACGUUCUAG